AUGGUCUAUGGAUCAAUGGGUCACUUUUUGCGCAAACUGAAAAGAAAAAAAAGUGGUGAUAGAGCUGCUGAGGGUGGCUACGUUCCUCCAAAGCCUGCUCAUCCUUGGCAACGGCGAAGACGGCAAGAAGAAAAGUUGGAUAACGAAAAGAAGGAGCAAGUUACACUAACAAAAAUCAAUCCCUGGUUCCAGUUGUGCUCCAAUCUUCAAAAUCAGACGGCUAUGGCGCUGUUUUCCUUCUCUGGAGAUAUCCAGAAUGGAGAGCUAGAGGCCUUGGAGGGUGACUCUCUCACGAUUGAAUCAGUUGAUCGAUCAGAUGUUUGGUGGCAAGCUGUCAACAAGAGAACGGGAAAAUCUGGUUUCAUCCCAUAUAACUAUGUUACGGAGGAGAUCGGUGUAAAGGAUGUUAUUGAUGCCUGGCAGGAAACUGAUCGUCGAGAAAGUGAGGCUAAACUGAGUAUGCCAGGUCUCUCGAAUGGUACCUAUAUACUUCGCCCUAGUUCCAAUCCUCUUCGAAUCGCUCUAUCAGUCCUCUGCCUAGUCGGCACUACGAAAAUUAUCAAACACUUUAGUGUCAGAUAUGACCAAACCCUCAGCGGUUACUCCAUUACUCCGGGAAAAAAAUUUGCCCACCUUAAAGAUCUCACAGAUUAUUACAAAGUCUCUCACAAUGGAAAUGCUCCACUUCUCUCCUCGUCAAUGCCUCAUAGUCCGCCAGUGAUUCAGUCGCGAUCUUCUCGAAUUCCCCUAGAGAAGGUGGAGCUAAAGACACACAUUGCCCGUGGUGGGCGUUUUGGUUCGGUCUACAAAGCCGUUUAUACUGUCUCUGGGAAGCAAAAUGUGGUAGCAAAAAAGAUUUCAAGCCACAUAGGCAGAGACGCAAUUGUCGCUAGGGCUGAGGCCUGCCAUAAACUUCAAAAUCGUGCUAUCGUCCACUUCCUCGGCUUCUGCGAGGCUCCCAAAUCCGGACUUAUGCUGCUUCUUUGGGAGUACAUGCCUGGUGACGCCUCGAAAUGGCUUUAUGGCACAAAUUUCCUUGUCACUGUUGCAUUCCCAAGGAUUUUGGAUGGAAUGGACUACCUCGAGAGCGUGGAAACGUUUCACGGUGAAUUGACUACCUCCAAUGUCUUUCUUUCCUCUGAACUCUGUGCCAAGAUAGGAAACUUCGGCUUUAAUGGGCGAUUUAGUGAAUCCCGUAGUAACGCUCUCGAUUUUGUGAUGACACAAGCUGUGAGGUGGGCGGCACCGGAAUCGCUGGAUACCUCUCACUUUUACGACAUUCGUUGCGACGUCUGGUCUUUUGGAAUCGUCAUGUUCGAGGUCUUCACAUUUGGCUUAACGCCCUAUAAAGAUAUGGAUGUGGAGGAGGUUGUUGACCGAGUGAGGGCGGGUUACCGGUUGCCGAAUCCAUCCAGUCUGGGAUUCUACUGCGAAGAUGUGAUGUACGAGACGAUGAGGAAUUGUUGGUAUGCCGAUUCCACUGAUCGCCCCACUUUUCACGAGCUCUGGUUUGUCUUCGAGGAUCAUUUGGUGAAGGAUGGUGGUGCGUACGCGGAGCUCAAAUCAGCACCAUCCACAUACGAUCCACCUUAUUUUUGA